GGCGGCGGCGCGGGAGCGCGGGGCGCAGACCGGGCGGGGCGGGGGACAGUGAUGAGCCAGCGCGCGGGGAGGCUGCACGCCGCUGCCGCCACCUGGAGCAUCUGCCGCCCGAGCUGCUGCUCGCGGUCCGGGCCCCGGCCAUGGAGACGCUGAAUGGCCCCACGGGCGGCGCUCCGGACGCGAAGCCGCAGCCGCCCGGCCAGCACCACCGCCACCACCACCUCCACCCGCUGGCUGAGCGGAGGCGGCUGCACCGCGCUCCCUCGCCCGCCAGACCAUUCCUCCAGGACCUGCACGGCCGGCCCGCGGCGCCUGGCCCGGCCCCGGCCGCCCGCUCCUCUGGCCGAUCCCCGGCACCCGCCGCCCCGCGCUCGCCCAGCUUGGCAGGCAAGGCGCCGCCCUCGCCUGGGACCCUGGCCGCGCCCGGCCGCCUCUCCCGGCGCAGCGCUGGUGCCCCCGGCGCGAAGGAGAAGCCGCCGCCGGGGGCCAGGGCUGCGGGCGGGGCUAAGGCCACUCCGGGCCCCAGAAGGGCGGCGCGCGCGGCGCCCGCGGAUCCGCUGCCCCGGGCGGGGAAACCGCCGCCGCCGCCCGGGGCCGAGCCUCUGUGCGCCGCUGCCAAGAACCGCAAAACUAAACGCGGCUCCGGGGCGCUCCCAGCCCGCGCCGCCGGGCCCCAGGCCCCCACCCCCCCGGUUCCCGCGGUGAUCCUCGCCGUGACCUCCGCGGUCGGCCUCCCCGCCUCCGGCUCGCGCAUCAGCCACACGGACAGCAGCUCGGACCUCUCGGACUGCCCCUCCGAACCGCUGUCCGACGAGCAGCGCCUGCUCCCCGCCGCCAGCAGCGACGCUGAGUCUGGCACGGGAUCUAGCGACCGGGACUCUCUGCGAGUAGUCUCCGCGACGAGCCCCGCAGCCCGGGGGGCGCCGCUCCUCAGCCCCGAGCCCCCCGCACUCCUCGCCGCGCCCCCCGCCGCCGGCGCUUUCCUCGGGGGUCGGAGCAGCCCGGGCAGGGUCCUCGCGGGCUCCCCGGGGCCCAGCGGGGCAGAAGAUGCCGGGGGGCGCGCGCCGCCAGAGCGAGGGGUGCCCGGGACCCCCAAGGAGCCCGGCCCAGGCGAGCAGCCCCCACUGGCCCCGGCGGUGGAGGAGGAGGAGCUGCUGCGGGAGAUGGAGGAGCUGCGCUCGGAGAACGACUAUCUCAAGGAUGAGUUGGAUGAACUCCGGGCUGAAAUGGAAGAGAUGAGGGACAGUUAUUUAGAGGAAGAUGUUUACCAGCUGCAGGAGCUCCGGCGAGAACUGGACCGUGCUAAUAAAAACUGCCGGAUCCUGCAGUACCGCCUCAGGAAAGCCGAGCAGAAAAGCCUGAAAGUGGCCGAGACAGGUCAGGUGGACGGCGAGCUCAUCCGAAGUCUGGAACAGGACUUAAAGGUAGCCAAAGAUGUGUCCGUCCGAUUGCACCAUGAACUUGAAACUGUGGAGGAGAAGCGUGCAAAAGCCGAAGAUGAAAAUGAAGCCCUCCGACAGCAGAUGAUUGAAGUGGAAAUAUCCAAACAGGCCCUCCAAAAUGAGCUGGAGAGACUGAAAGAGAGUUCCCUGAAAAGAAGAGGCAGUCGGGAAACAUACAAAGAAAAGAAAACCUUUAACCAGGAUGACAGUGCCGAUUUGAAAUGCCAGCUUCAGUUUGCCAAAGAGGAAGGCUCCCUGAUGCGCAAAAAGAUGGCCAAGCUGGGCAAGGAGAAGGACGAGCUGGAGCAGGAGCUCCAGAAGUACAAGGCCCUCUAUGGCGACGUGGACAGCCCCCUGCCCACCGGGGAAGCCGGUGGGCCGCCCAGCACCAGGGAGGCGGAGCUGAAGCUGCGGCUGAAGUUGGUGGAGGAAGAAGCCAACAUCUUGGGCCGGAAGAUCGUGGAGCUGGAAGUGGAGAACCGAGGCCUCAAAGCGGAGAUGGAGGACAUGCGAGGCCAGUACGAGCGCGAGGGCCCAGGCCGGGACCACCUCCCAAGCAUUCCUACCUCACCCUUCGGCGACUCCCUGGAGUCCUCCACGGAGCUCCGCCGACACCUGCAGUUUGUGGAGGAGGAAGCGGAGCUGCUACGAAGGUCCAUAUCUGAGAUCGAAGACCACAACCGGCAGCUAACACAUGAGCUGAGCAAGUUCAAGUUUGAACCGCGCCCGGAGCCCGGUUGGCUGGCGGAUGGCGGAGGCAAGGGCAUGAAUGGAGGGGCUCCCCUGCAGGAGGAGCUGAAGUCCGCCCGGCUGCAGAUCAGCGAGCUGAGCGGGAAGGUCCUGAAGCUGCAGUAUGAGAACCGGGUGCUGCUGUCCAAUGUCCAGCGCUACGACCUGGCCGCCCACCUGGGCCUGCGUGCCCCGAGCCCCCGGGACAGCGACGCCGACAGUGACACAGCCAAGAAGGAGAGUGAUGGGGAGGAAGGCCGCCUGCCCCAGCCCAGGCGGGAGGGCCCCAUUGGCGGGGAGAGUGACUCGGAAGAGGUGUUGGAGAAGACAUCCGGCUUCAGCAGCGGAAAGCCAUCGGAGGCCAGCGAGCUGUGUCCGGCAGAGGUUCUGAGGGCCAGGGAGGACUCCGAGUGCUUGGUGAGCAUAAAGCACGAGGCUGAGCGGCUGGAACGGACCAUGGAGAGCCUCAUCACAGACACCAAUGGCUUUGUGGACGACAUGGCCUCGCCGGGGCCUGGUGCUCAGGGGGAGGGGGACAGGAAGGGGCCCCAGCUGCUGGGGACCAUCAAUGCCAGGAUGAAGACUUUCCGGAAGGAGCUCCAGACCUUCCUGGAGCAGGUGAACCGGCUCGGGGAUGGUGUGAGGGAGCGCCUGGAAGGCCUGUCUCCCUUGCCCCACCUCACAGAGUCCUCCAGCUUCCUCUCCACUGUGACCUCCGUGUCCCGGGACUCCCCCAUCGGGAACCUGGGGAAGGAGCUGGUCCCAGACUUGCAGUCCAAACUGAGAGAUCAGAUGGAGUGGCAGCUGGGUCAGGAGCGAGGGGACGAGCGGGAGCACUUGCACCUCCGAGCCACGCGGGAGCUGCACCGCCGAGCCGACGGGGAUGCCCGGAGCUGCAGGCCGGGAGGCCAGAGCUGUUUCAAUCUAGAGAUGGAGGAGGAUCACCUCUACGCCCUGAGGUGGAAGGAACUGGAGAUGCACAGCCUGGCUCUGCAGGGUGCCCUCCCGGAGCGGACCUGGAGUGAUGAGAGGAGUCUUGUGCAGCAGGAGCUCCGGUCCUUGAAGCAGAACAUUUUCCUUUUCUACGUCAAACUCAGGUGGCUGCUGAAGCACUGGCGACGAGGGAAACAGAUGGAGGAGGAAGGAGAGGACUUCACUGAGAGUGAGCACCCGGAGCUCUACCCCAGGCCUGGGGAGCUUGGAGUCCAGGGGGACCCAAACGGGGCCAACCCAGACCGAGAUGAUGACGGUCCAGGCUGUGGCUCUUCAGUCGGGGAGCAUUCUCCACACUCCCCCGUGCAGAUCGGUGACCACGGAUCACGGCUACAGCCUGCAGAUGGAGGGCAGCUCCACGGGCAGGUAGUGGAGAACCAGCAGCUGUUCAGCGCGCUGAAGACCUUGCUGGAGGACCUGCGCUCCGAGCUGCGGGAGGACGAGUGCGCCCGGCUGCGGCUGCAGCAGCAGUACGCCAGCGACAAGGCGGCCUGGGACGUGGAGUGGGCCAUGCUCAAGUGCCGCCUGGAGCAGCUGGAAGAGAAGACUGGGAAAAGCUUGGGAGAACCAGGUUCCACCACUGACAGCAAAGGGGCAUUCAGGAAGGAGAGGGAGACACACCAGAAGCUCCUUGCUGACAGCCAUGGCCUGGUCAUGGACCUGCGCUGGCAGAUCCAUCACAGCGAGAAGAACUGGAACCGCGAGAAGGUGGAACUCCUAGACCGUCUGGACAGGGAUCGGCAGGAGUGGGAGCGGCAACGGAAGGAACUCUUGUGGAAAAUAGAACAGUUGCAGAAAGAAAACAGUCCCCGGAGAGGUGGAAAUUUCCUUUGUGAUCAGAAAGAAGGCAGCAUCCGCCCUUUUGCUCCCCCGGGGAGCCCCCGCAUGCCCCAGCCCCUGGGGAUGUGGCCCUGCACGGAAUCCGACUCGACCUCUUUUGAAGACCGGCCGCUCUCCAAGCUGAAGGAAUCGGACAGGUGCUCUGCCCGGGAGAACCUCUACUUGGACGCCCUGUCUUUGGAGGAUGAGCCAGAGGAGCCUCCGGCCCGCGGGCCCCAGAAGGAGUUCAGGAACUGCCUCCCUCAGGAAGAAGAAAAUCACAAGGGAAAUCUUCAAAGGGCGGUGUCCGUGUCCUCCAUGUCUGAGUUCCAGCGCCUGAUGGACGUCUCUCCCUUCCUGCCGGAGAAAGGCCUGCCCGCAGCCAGUAGCAAAGAGGACAUCACUCCCCCGCUGUCCCCUGAUGAUCUGAAGUACAUCGAGGAGUUCAACAGCAAGAGCUGGGACGAGAGGCCCCCAGACCCCUGGGCGGGCAGGACCGAGGUGGGGCGGGCUGGGGGCGAGGCCACUGUGGAGCCUUUCCCUGACUCGUCCUGGUACCUCACCACGAGCGUCACCAUGACCACGGACACCAUGACCAGCCCCGAGCACUGCCAGAAGCAGCCCCUGCGGAGCCACGUCCGCACCGAGCCGUCGGGGGUGCGGGUGCUGCACAGCCCGCCUGCCGUCCGCAGGAUGGACAGCAUCGUGGUGGCCGGCGGUGAGAGCUCGGGCCACCCGGAGCCCGAGGACCCGUUUUCUACAAGCAGAGCCCGAGGGGGCCCAGGAGACGCUAAGGGGGGCCCCUCAGAACACAUGCUUAGCAGGUGGCCUUGUGCCCCUCCCAGGCAACCCCGAGACUACGGGGAGGGAGGCCUGCGCCCCCUGGAUGGCACCCUCUGCCCCUCCCUGGGCUUCGCGUCCCCACUGCACAGCCUGGGGAUGUCCAAGAACAUGAGUGACGACAUGAAGGAGGUGGCCUUCUCUGUCAGGAAUGCCAUCUGCUCUAGUUCCCCCGAGCCCCUGGUCAAGGACAUGGCCUGCCAGACCAAUGGGUCCCAGACGACUGGGACGCAGACCGUGCAGACCAUCAGCGUUGGCCUGCAGACCGAAGCCCUGCGCGGCGGUAGCGCCGUCACCAGCAGCCCCCACAAGUGUCUCACGCCAAAGGCAGGGGGGGGUGCCACACCCGCAUCGUCUCCAUCCCGUGGCCUUAGGAGCAGGCAGGUGGCCCCCGCCAUCGAGAAGGUGCAGGCCAAGUUCGAACGGACAUGCUGCUCCCCCAAGUAUGGGUCUCCCAAGCUGCAGAGGAAGCCCCUCCCCAAAGCUGACCAGCCAAAUAACAGGACCUCGCCGGGGCUGGCCCAGAAGGGGUGCAGUGAGUCGGCCUGGGCCCGCUCCACCACCACACGGGAGAGCCCCGUGCACACCGCCAUCAACGACGGCCUCUCCAGUCUCUUCAACAUCAUUGACCACAGCCCCGUGGUGCAGGACCCCUUCCAGAAGGGGACGCGGGCUGGGGGCCGGUCUCGCUCAGCAGAACCGCAGCCGGAGCUGGGCCCAGGCCAGGACGCCAGCCCCAGUUCCCGGGGACGGUCACCCAGCCCCAUCGGGCUUGGCUCAGAGACCUGUAGGGAGGAAGGGGGAGAGGGCACGCCUGUGAGGCAGGACUUAUCCGCUCCCCCUGGCUACACAUUCACCGAGAGCGUAGCCCGGAUCCUCAACAAGAAGCUGUUGGAGCAUGCCUUAAAGGAGGAGAGGAGGCAGGCGCCCCAGGGCCUCCCAAGUCUUAACAGUGACAGCCUCGUGGGAGAGACCGUCAAAGCCGAACCAGGGUCCAUGGAGAACCAAACUGUCUUACUAACUGCCCCCUGGGGACUCUAG